AUGGAUGGUGAUGCUGGCUUCCUUGCACCAGAGUACCGGCACUAUGAUAGUGGCAUGAGUGGUGACGCAUAUGUGCAUGGAGAUGCUGGCUCCCUGCUAUCAGGCGGUUCCAUGGACGAUGCCUAUGCUUCCGGCCAUCACGUCGUUGUUGGUGGUGAUGCUAGCUCACUGCCACCCGGCUACACUUACCAUGGUGGGCAAUAUUACCAUGAUGGGCACGUUGUGAGUGUAGAUGCGAUCCCCGGCUACCAGUACCAUGACGAUUCUGCGUACGCGAUGGGUG